UUAUGUGUUGCAACUGGGAACAUAAAGAAGGAGAAGAAAAUGGCAGAGGAUAAUCUAUUUCUUAUUAUUUAACCUUGAGGAAAUAUUCUUGAUGCACUUUUCUUUUCCACUGGAAGGUUAACCCACUAUUUACUAGCCUACCUACUAAUCUACUGCCGUGCUGUGCUGAGAUGUAAUUUUCUUUAGGCCUAUGCAGGUGGUAUUGAAGUUGCCCCUUCGCACAGCUCUAGGAUCAGUUUAUGCCAAGGUUCCCCAGCUAGUGGCCAGCUGGACAAAUUUGGCCCACAGGUGGUUUUAUUUGGCCCCCAUGUUUUCUGAGCAAAAAAUAAAAUAUUAAUUGGCGGACAUAUUUGUUUAUACAAACACCAGAAAAUCAGCUCUAAAGUUGUUUUAAUUUGAGAAUCUGUUACCAAGUAUUUCCACGCACAAUUGAGAGACGUGGUCUUAUACAAACGUCAGCAAGGUUUGAAAUUAUGUUUUAGUCAAAUCUGUUUGGGUUUGGUUAAUUUGCAGUCUACAAAUUAGUUGUAAUUAUUUUCCAGCCCCCGACCAUCCGCUCAACUUGAAGCCUUUGUGUAAAAACACAAAACUGACCUUAGAUCAGUGUCUGAGGGCGAGAUCCUACCAGAGCCAGUCAGCCUGAGGAGACAGGUUUUUUUUCUUCCCACCUGUUAUGUGAUGUGGUACUUCCUCUUUAGUUCACUUUAACGUCGUGCGGACAGAAGGAAUCCACAAACAAACGCGCCGUCGGCAUUCAACACUCUUCAGACAUCACAGAUAGAUUGCUGCUGGAUCCUUUUGUGGAAGUUAACAUGAGUUUUAAGCCACAUUGUUUGAAACUGAUAUUUUUAUUGGCCUGUGCCGAGCACUGUCUGUCUCAGGAAACUGAUCGAUGCUGAUGUUAUAAACCGAGGCUUCACGGGGACCGAGUCACCGGAAGGAGUGUGGGUCUCCCAGACGGCCCACAUGGUCCUGGACAGUCGUCUGACCACGGUGUUCCUCCCCAUCGUCUACAUCGUGGUGUUUGCUGUGGGGCUCCCCACCAACGCCAUGGCCAUCUGGGUCUUCCUGUUCAGGACCAAGAAGAAGCACCCUGCCGCCAUCUACAUGGCCAACCUGGCUCUGUCCGACCUGCUCUUUGUCAUCUGGACUCCCCUGAAGAUCGCCUACCACUUCAACGGUAACGACUGGAUCUAUGGUGAGGGGUUGUGUAAAGUCCUGGUGGGCUUCUUCUACGGGAACAUGUACUGCUCCAUCCUCUUCAUCACCUGUCUGAGUGUCCAGCGCUACUGGGCCAUCGUCAAACCACUCUCCCAGAAUAGGAGAAACAACGAGGUAGCCAUCGGCGUCUCUGUCGCAGUCUGGGUGGGGGUCUGGCUGAUGACCACCCCUCUCUACCUCUAUAACCAGACGGUCAUAGUGACCAACCUCAACAUCAUCACAUGCCACGACGUCACCCGACCCAGCCAGAAUAGCAUGGCCGCAGGCUACUUCCUGACCAUGGGAAUCCUGGGAUUUGUAGUUCCCACCGUGGUGUGCGUGGUGGCCUACAUUCUGAUGCUCAAGUCCCUGAGGAACUCCAUGACAGAUGCCAGCAUCACUAAGAAUCGGCGCAAGGCGGUGGUGCUAAUCAUCACGGUGUUGGUCAUGUUCCUGGUCUGUUUCACCCCCAGUAACAUCAUGCUGCUGGUGCACUACUCCCUCCUGCUGGCCGGAGGCGUGAACAACGGCUACGGCUUCUACAUCUCUACCCUGUGUCUGGCCGCCCUCAACAGCUGCGUGGAUCCUUUCAUUUACUACUUCAUCUCAGAGGAGUUCAGGCAGCAUGUGAAAAACACACUGAGAUGCCGCAGUGAGAGGACGGUGGAGAGAAUGAGGGUCUCGUUCAACGCUCUGAAGUACUCCAAAAAGAGUAGCACCUACACUUCCGACUCUGGGAAAACACAGAGCAGCUCCUGUUAAGGGGGGGGGGGGGGGUUGUCAUGUGGAGAGGUUUCUUUCACCUGACAUCUGUUAUCAUCAGUAUCAAUGGAGACGAAGCCAUUUUAAAUGGAGAUGCAAACCUAGACUACUUCAUAUAUUAUGUUCUUAUUACAUUGCCUUCUCUCUCCUCAUACAUUUUUUUUGGUUUUGUGCAGAUUUUGUUGGUUUUAUGUAGAGGACAAAAUUGCUAAGUGUGAAGUGGCAUUGUUUUUAUUCUGUGUUUCUGAUCCAUUCCCCACAUUUAAAUAGUCUGAUGUCCAUUAAGUUUGUUCCAGCACAGCAGCUCACUGAAACUGUAAACUUAGUUCUCAGUGCCCAAUAGCACUGACCCUUCACUUCUGGUAAUGUGCACUGUUCUUUAUUAAAUGAGCCAUACUUGACCUAAAUCAUGAAUCAAUGAUCUUUGUAG